ACAAUUACAACUCAUUAAGAAGAGGUUUCAGUUAGUUUUAGAGUUUCUGAAAAACUGGUUUUCCAGAAAACCGGGUCUUCAAGAGCCCUCCGCAGAAACCCAUUUAGGCUUUUUGUCAGCUCGAUGCCCUCUAUCAACCGAGGUAUGAACGAAGAAAAACGGAGAGUAUCAUCUCGGGCGGUUCCCUUGUAAGAAAAUUUAUGGGGGAUCUACGUUUGAAAGCCUAAAAAUUUCAUAAAAUAAUAUAUUAAUGAAAUUUUAUUUUUAAAUCUUAUUUCAAUACAUCUUUUUAUGCAGAAAAAUUCAGAAAAAUCAAAAUUUAAACAUCUGGUACUCAAUGAGUUAAAAGUUAAUGCAUUUAGGCACCUUAACUUUGUGAAGUGUUCUUACUUAUUUCUGAUAAUGCCGUCGGAUUCCGCUUAACAAGUUAGGUCUAGGAUGAUUACUACUACUACUAAAUCAGACAUAGUGUAGUGAACCUAGAAACUUUUCCAAAAACUGAUAUAUUCUCUUGAUAUGAUCAUCUAUGAAUACAGUGAAAUGUAUUCAAAUUUAAUGUGUUUUCAUGAAUUAAAUAAUUUUAAUGCGUUUGAAUAUAUUAGAAUCCUGAACACGUUGAAUAGCGUGAAGUUUAUAGGAUGUUAAAAGUCAAAAAUUAUCAAAAUCCGUUACAAAUGUUUUUUAUUAAUUUCAUUUUAACGCGCUUAAUACGUUAAAAUAGUGAGACUAAAACGCGUUUUUUCGUUAGGCUCACGCAUUAAACUAUCCAUUUUAAUACGUUUUAACGCAUUAAUGAUUUUUUAAUAGAUGCAUACUUUUUCGUUUAUUCUAUACUAUUAAUUGCGUUAGAAAAUGGUUAACACGUUAAAAGGAAAUUUUAGUAGUCAAAAAAACUCAUAGGGCUGUCUGUUCGUCUAAAGUAAUUCAUAAUGAGAAUAUCUAAGGUGGAAUAAAACAGUUUGCUUAGAUGAACAAAAAAAUGUGUAUAUUGUCUUUCUUCUCUUUAGGCCCUAAUUCAUCUUCUAAAAAGUUUCAACUAUCCGCAUCGUACAUUCGUGUUCAACCAUCAAUUCAAGCUGAUUUAGAAAUUUUACGUAAUCUUGUUUAUUUAUUUGAACAAUUGUUCGAUAUUAGUCAAGAUGAAAUUGAUUGUGAAACAAAAUGUGUGGAAAUGUUAUUAAAUGUAAGAAAAAACAGUGUUCCAACAGUUGUUUUAGAUGGUACAAUGAUAAGUGUAUAUUUUGAAUCAAAAGAUGAAUGUAAUGGUUAUUCAAUGAAUGUUAUGGAUAAUGAAACAACAGCCGAGAUAAUUAUAACAAAAUUAUUAAAAUUAAUUAAAAAACAUGAUUGUUUCUUUUGGUCACUAUACGAAGUAUUAAUUGAUCAAAAUCUUGAAAGACCAAUGUAUUGUAAUGAAACAUUAUCAAGUGUACUUGAACGAUAUCGCAAAUAUCUUCCUAGUGAAUUAAAUCGACAAGCAACAUUUAUAAUUAAAUUGAACUAUGUCCAGUUUGAAAAGGAACGUUUAGCUUCACAACAGCAACAAUUAGAACCAUUUGUUCAAUGUGACUAUUAUGAUUUUCCAUCAAAAAAAUGGGUAUUAUGUACGUUAACAUAUGAAAAAGCCGUUGUUCAUGUAUAUAAAGCAAAUUCGUCUAAUGAAAAUCAUAAAACAUGGAAACAACGAUUCGUUUUACAACGUAAAGAAUCAUUUACAAAUAAAGAAGAACCAUUUUAUUCAUGGCCCGUUGAAGAUAUAUUUGUGUAUAUUGGAGCAGAUAAACGCUAUGUCACAUUUGAUAUGAAUGAGUAUCGAACAUUAACCAUAUUACCAGUUGGAGAAGAUGAACCGAAGAUCACAACAACAACAACACAUAAUAAUUUAAUGUUUGGACAUUCUUUUCGUUUUCAAAAUCGACAAUUAAUGUUUCAAUGGUAUAUUCGAUUUGUAUAUGCCAAUGGUCGUGAUCAAUGGACAAGAAAAGCAGCACAUACAAUACCAGAUGGUGCUAAUUAUUUACCACUUCAAAAUUAUCAUUACACAACAACACCAUCUCAUUCAUCAUUAUUAACACAAUCACAAUCACAAAUUGUUGCACCAUUACGAAAAAAAACUGAACAAAUUAAAACAAAAAUAAUGUCAUCACAACAUGUAAAUAUAUUAUUAUUUUAUAUAUUUGAUAUGUAUUUAGCUAAUGAAAAUAAACGUUUUAAAUUGUGUGAUGAUAACGGACCAUCACCAACAACCUCAAAUGAAUUAGAUCGAAAACAUGUCUAUUUGAAAAAUUUAAUUGAUAAACAAUUGAAUCGAUCAUCGAAUAGAGACGAAUGUUUACAACGCAAAAAUUCCCAUUAUACAUCUGGUUUUCAAUAUGAAUCUUUACAAAGUCAAUUAGACGGUGGUCUUAUUCAAUCAAACGAAUAUAAAGCAAUAAAUAGUAUUGAUCAUGAACGGGAAUCAUUAUUAAUGUUAGGUUUAAAUGAUAAAGAUGUUCUGAUCAAAAUGAAACAUGAUUAUGGUUUAUUAAAUACUAAUGAUAAAUCAACUAAUCUACAUUUAAUUGAUAAUAAAAUAAAGGAGGCUAAUUUCGAUCAAUCAUCACCAUCAGAGACAAUUAUUUUAGCAAAAAUGAGUCGACAUGAAAUUGAUAUUGAGAAAUCAUUUAGUUCAUCAUUAUUUGUUGAUGGUACAAAUAUUAAUCAAUUUUUUAAACAAAUUCCAUUAAAAUUAAAUAAUUUUGAUCAAUCUCUUGUUGAUAUACCAAAAGUGGCUGAAGAUUUUGACAAUAAACGAUUGAAUGUGAAUAAUAGUGAAGAAGAAAAAGAAGAAGAGCAAUUUAUUGGACCAAAAUUAAAACAUGAAUUAUUUAAUGAGAAAAAAAUUCAAUACUCGUUGAAAACAGGUGAAUUUAGUGUCGUAUCUAUGACUAACAUUAUACAAAAAAAUGAUCUGCUUAAACAUAAAUUAUUUCCUAGUCAAUUAGAAAAAUUUGAAAAACAUGAGUAUGGCAUACCAUCAAAGAUAUUAUACAUCAAAAAUUUAUCUCCUAAAGUUACUGAACAAGAUUUAGUUGAAGUUUUCUUAUCAUUUCAAUAUUCAAAACAAAAUCCGCUUAUAUUUCGUUUAUGUACAGGAAAAAUGAAAUGUCAAGCAUUUGUUCGAUUUCCAGAUCAAUCAUCGGCAACCGAAGCAUUAAAUUAUCUUCAUGGAUUUUUAUUAAAAGAAAAACCAAUGAUUAUUCAAUAUGGAAAAUCGACUACUUGA